AUGGAUAUGGGACUGUCUGGAGAGGAGUAUGAGCGCCGGCAAGCCGUGGUCAAUGAACUUAGAAACGCAAUGCGAAACGCCAUCUCCGGUGAAAUUCGGGACAAGCUUUAUUUGAAAGAACAUAUUGAGGCUAUUUUGGAACACGAUUAUGGACUCAAUGAAAAAAAUAUUGACUUAGUAAUUCCAUUUAAUCAACCAGACCGUUUAACUUCUCAGGAUCGAUUCGACAUCCUCAUGAAUCAUUUUAAAAAGAAACAUGGAUACAAAGCACUGACUUUCAUGAUUGAGAAGCAUAAAUUGGGCUUGCUUAAACGGAUUAUCGAGGGUGGAAAAUCGGAGUCCUACGUAAUUACUGAAGAGGAGAUCCAAGCUGUUUAUCGUAAAGAAAUCCGCGGACUCGACUUCAAAGAUAAGCUCGAUGUCAUCGUUCAACGGGUGUACCAGUUAUACAAAGGCUUCGGUGUUACAGAUGAGAUCAGGGACAUGAACAUUGAUGGUUUGUCUGGUGGGGUCUCAGGAGCCCCAAGCAAGAUGACAACGGUGGAACAUGUUGCUGAGUUGGUGGGGCAAAUGCGCAGCAGUAAACGUGGAAAUAACUCUGUGUGGAUUUUCUAUAAAGGUAAGACGAUUCACCUUUCAUUUUUGGAAUUUGAAACAGACUUAGAGCUCAAGCGUGUAGCUCAAAAUAUUUACAAGCACAACAGCCCUGGCCCGUUAACCGAGACAUCCGGUUUUGUAGUCAACGAUAUGGCAGACGGAUCCCGGGUCGUGGUUGUCCGGCCACCAUUCGCAGAAAGUUGGGCUUUCUGGGUUCGGAAAUUCGAUAUUCCGAAUCUAUCGAUUGAAAAUCUGAUUCCGGAUACUUAUGAACAAGCCGAUUUAGCAAGGGAACAUGAUCAAAAUCUGAUGAAAGGUGCCCAGACUACCGCAUACACCGGUAAGACGGGUGCUGGUAAAACCUCUCUCAUGAUGACGAGUAUCGGGUUCAUGUAUGCCUUCCUAAAUCUGAGAACCGUCGAAUUGAUUUUUGAGCUUAAUUUGCGGCAGCUGUACCCAGAACGAAAUUCGAUCGCGUUUCGAGAGCUUCCGACCAUACCUGGACAAGAAGCGCUCAACUUGAAUAAGAAGACGGACACGGACGUCAGUAUCUUAGGUGAGGUUUCCAGCCAAUCGGUAGCGACCUGGAUGAUUCAGAUGACACAAGUUGGUAGUUUGUUCACAAUCUUCUCGCAUCACGCGGUGACCACACGACAACUGAUCAAAUGGUUCCGAGAUGCACUUCUGGCCAUGCAAAUUAUGCAAGACGAGCGUUUGGCGGAAGAGCAAGUGGCAGAAGCCAUCAAGUGGGAUAUUCAUGUGACCAGGGAUCAACAAGGGAAUCGCUAUAUUGAACGCAUCACAGAAAUUACCCUUGUCCAAUACGAUGAAUCUUUCUUUGAGAACACCAAUGAUUAUGAACAACUGAUGAAAGAAAGCAUCCGCAGAAAACACGGACCACUUUGGAAAGAGAGAAACAUUUUGGAGUACAGGGACGGCGGCUAUGUAGCGGUCAAUCCGAUCUCUCCAGAUCGAAUUCAAGAAAUGAGAGGAAACAUGUUGGCGGAAGAUCAGAUCGCCUUUGAUGCAUUCAUCAGUAAACAUUGGGGAGGGAAC